AGCCGGAAGUAGCGCCAAAUUUGAAAAGUGUAUGGCGGUCGUUUCUGUGCGUUUAUUUACUAUCUCUCUUGUGUUUUUUAAUUAUUGAAAAUCUUCUCUGAGAGCCAACCAGAAUAAUUCCCAUGGACACGUCGACACGCUUUUUCGCCAAGUUGCGGAGUCUGACUGUGUUGUUAGACACAGAGAGAGCCAAUCUAGAACAUACUGCGAGUCAAAACCUGGACCAGGACGAUGAUGAAACAGAAAGUGGUGCAGUCCUAGCACUACAUACGCUCCAUUCUGAAGUUAGAGCACUUAAGAAAAAGGUCCAAAGUCAAGUGGCAUCUCAGGAGGAUGGGAGCACUGAGCUGAGGAGUUUCAUUAAAGCCUGCAUGGUGCUGAAACAGCGGACUACAGAGGACAUUGAAAGAAUUCAGAGACACUAUGAAAAAUACGGCUACAAACCACAGAAAAUCUCCCUGAAGCCAGAAGUGAAUUGCAAAGGUGAAGCCGAUGUGAGGUCUGUGCAUGAUGAGCCUGAGGGAGAUGUCUCUGAGGAGACAGCAGGAGAUGAAGAAGAGCUGGUUGAAGCUCCAGAGUGUAAAACACCUGAGAAGAUGCCACCUCCAGCUGUUGACCCAAUGCGCACACCACAGCUCUCGGAUUUCGGCUUGACUGCACUUCACCUGCAGAUGCUCUGCAAUCCAGACAGGUCUCAAGACGUCGCUCCUGUUCCAGCCAUGGCUCUCACGCCACCAUCGCUUCUCAAGACAAUGUGUGAAUUCCAGCCAAAGACACCCAAGUGCUCUCUGAGUAUGGACGAGGAGGCUCUGACACCUCGACUGGAAGACUUUGGCAUCACAGAAAGCACAAUGUGUUUUAAUAACGAUUUCACGAUGGAUCUGUUCCGUAAGAAACCACCCAAAGACAGGCAGAAUAACAGCUCAACACAACAGCCUGCUCAGAGAGAACCACACAACCUGCCUGCAGCUCCAUCUUGUGUCUCUCUUGGGAGGCUUUCUGGUGACAGCAUGAAGUCCCCAGAGAUGCCUGUGCUUUCCACUCUGGAGAUUAAGAUGAAUACACCACUGGGUCAAUCUUGUUCUCUGCCAAACGGAGGGAGCGAUCCUGAAUCCCUCUCUCGGCCAAGUACUGCCACCGCUACACCUGAACUCCCCACAUUUGAGACACCUUACCUCAGCAAGCUCAUCAGUGCUAGAAAGGAAACCAAACAGAAUGAUGGUUCACUGAAGAGCACAUCCCACCCUGCCAAAGACCCAUCUGUCAGAGUUCCAUCAUCUGAAAGUCCACAAAUGCCAGUCAGCUUUUCUCAGAUGGAGGAGCUCACACCCGAAAUGCCAAGACUGCAGUCGUUUUUUAGCAGCACUUUACCUUGUACAGGGACAGGUAAGCAGUCAGGAGUGACUGAGCCUCCAGUUCCUGCGCUUCAAGCUGAUGAACACACUCAGGAAUGGUGUCUGACCACGCCACGCAGCCGCAUGGAGUUUGAUGUUGAGCCACGGACACCUGAGAUGCCGGAUAUGAGCUCCGUCACACAGGAUAUCUUUAAACUUAUGGCUCAGGCUAAUAAUAAACAACCCACCACUACAUCAGUACACACAAGCUCAAAGGCUAGUUUGAACACGCUGGCUCCUGGGAAGGAGAACAGAACUCAGUGUGUUGCUCAAGUAUCUGAAAAAGAGUUUCAUGGACUGGCCUCUUACAUGAAGCAAAUUCCCCUCACCAGUCUCAACUUAGCUCUCAACAAAAUCAACCAAGUGCUUGAGGACCGGCGUACCGGCGGUGAGUCGAACUCUGAAGAAUUUCAUAUGGAGGAGUUGAGGAAGAUCUUGGAUGUGGGGCCUCAAGCUCCCAUGUACAUCUUGUGCCUUGUGGAGCUGAAAAGGUUGGAGAAUGUGCAGGGAUUUGGAAGAAAUGCAAGUUUUAAAGUCCUAACCAAGGCAUAAAAAGACUUCAUUUCAUUUCUUUAAGAUUGUUGGUUUCUGUACAUACAUAAAGAUUUUUUUUUUUUUUUUUUUUUACUGAUUUAGUUGCACUGACAACAUGCUUCAUCACAUGAAAAGAAUAUGAAAUCUUCAGACACCCUGUCCAAGUGUUUUUUCUGCUUCAGUCCAUUUUUAUCUAGCAAAUGCAUAUUGUGCUGCUAAUAAAAUAUUUGUAUGUGUACACAUUUAAUUUGUAUUUAAGAAUCACCUAUAUUUACACGAACGCUAGGUUUCUGUUAAUGUGCUUGUGAUGUUAUUUCUACAGCCACAGCUAUUUCACAAACUGAAACCAUCAGUUUUACUGUACAAAGACAGCUAAAAGAAUCUGUUUUGCUCCCUGACUUUUGAAUUAAAAUCUUUUUAGUCUCUCUUCUGUAUGUAUGAACAGUGAAUGAU